GGGUUUAAGAGCUGUCGUCUUCUUCUUCUUCUUCUUCUUCUUCUUCUUCUUCUUCGCCAUUUGGUUCAGAACCCCUCUCUCUGGUUUCUCCAUUACAGAGGGGCCGAGAAGUAGAAGAAGAAGUAGCCAUGCUCCGUCAAACUCUUCACACGCCUCGCAGGUUCUCCUCUGAAUCCCUCAAACAAUAUUUCCCACUCCUCUCCUCUCUUGCUGCUGCAAUCCAUUCCACCGCUAAUGUCUCUGCACCCACCACGGAUGCUCAUUCUUCCAUCAAUGGCCGGAGUAACGGGAGCGAGAGCAACCCUUUGCCGUGCUCUUCUCAGAAGCCAUUGCUGCGAAAUCGUAGGACCUCAAGGCAGGGCGUGCGGGAUUUUCAGCCUCAUUUUAACAGGACCAAGACGAAGAGGAUUGCGGCUGAUGCAUUCUCUGCGAUUGAGCUGGCGUUGGAUUCCGUUGUUAAGGUCUUCACUGUCUCCAGCAGCCCUAACUACUUUCUUCCGUGGCAGAACAAGUCCCAGCGGGAAACUAUGGGUUCCGGAUUCAUCAUCUCUGGAAAAAAGAUUCUUACAAAUGCUCAUGUUGUUGCUGAUCAUACCUUCGUCCUUGUAAGAAAGCAUGGCUCACCAACUAAGUAUCGGGCAGAAGUUCAAGCUGUCGGUCAUGAAUGUGACCUGGCUAUUCUGGUUGUCAAUAGUGAAGAAUUCUGGGAAGACACUAACUGUUUGGAGUUGGGAGAUAUUCCUAUCUUACAAGAAACUGUUGCUGUUGUUGGUUAUCCUCAGGGUGGGGAUAACAUCUCUGUAACUAAAGGUGUUGUUUCUAGGAUUGAACUUACACAAUAUGUACACGGUGCAUCCCAGCUGAUGGCUAUUCAAAUUGAUGCCGCUAUAAAUCCAGGAAAUAGUGGUGGGCCAGCGAUCAUGGGCGAUAAAGUUGCUGGAGUAGCUUUCCAAAACCUUUCUGGUGCAGAAAAUAUUGGGUACAUAAUUCCUGUCCCUGUGAUUAGACAUUUUAUAGCUGGUGUUGAAGAGAGUGGAAAAUAUGUUGGAUUCUGUUCUCUUGGUUUGUCUUGCCAGAUUACUGAAAAUGUUCAACUUCGAAACCACUUCCAGAUGGGCCCUGAAAUGACUGGAGUACUUGUGAACAAAAUUAAUCCCCUUUCAGAUGCUUACAGUAUCCUGAAAAAAGAUGAUAUCAUUCUUGCAUUUGACGGUGAGCCUAUUGCCAAUGAUGGAACAGUUUCUUUCCGGAACAGGGAGCGGAUAACAUUUGAUCAUUUGGUAUCUAUGAAGAAACCCAAUGAGAGAUCUGUGAUCAAAAUUCUAAGGGACGGCCAAGUGUGUGAGCUCAGUAUCACCCUCCGACCUUUGCAACCCCUGGUCCCAGUUCAUCAGUUUGAUAAGCUUCCUAGUUAUUACAUUUUUGCUGGUCUUGUCUUCAUUCCACUUACCCAGCCAUAUCUUCAUGAGUAUGGGGAAGAUUGGUAUAAUACUUCGCCUCGUCGCUUGUGUGAGAGGGCGCUAAGGGAACUACCAAAAAGGCCUGGAGAACAGCUUGUCAUCCUUUCACAGGUGUUGAUGGAUGAUAUUAACGCAGGGUAUGAGCGUCUUGCAGAGUUGCAGGUUAAAAAAGUGAAUGGAUUUGAAGUUGAAAAUCUGAAACACCUGUGGCAACUAGUGGACAAUAGUGAAGGUAGCGUGAGGUUUGAUUUGGAUGAUGAAAGGGUUAUUGUGUUGAACUUCGAGAUGGCCAAAAUCGCGACUUCAAGGAUUCUGAAGCGCCACCGAAUAGCGUCUGCAAUGUCUCAAGAUCUUAUGAAAGAUGUAAGCAUCUCUGACUCUGGAUUAGCCUCCUCAUAAUCACUACAUUACUUCACUAGGAACUCUCUUCAAUAGAUUUUCAAGUUGAGCAUUGGUUUUGACUGGAUAACCAACUUUUCUAAUGUUGGCAAAAGCAAGUAGGUCAAAUGGGUAACUUUAUCUUACUUCAAUUAGGAAGAGAAAUUACUGCAACAUCGGAGGUUUUUGUUUUUGUUUUUUAAUUUGUAUUUUACCCCUUCAUUUUUCUAUAGUUUUGAUUCUUUGAAAUUGUAGUCAAUUUAUCCGAAACAGUUGGAAGAUUGUUUUACAUUCAGAGAGCUGUUCAAUUGAGAUUCAGUCACUUUCUUACU